CUCUCUUGCUGGUUGAGGAAUUUUGUACACAUGACCCUUAAUACCUUUUUGCACACGCAUUAUAUUCCUCCAAUCCCUUUUGUUAUCUGGUUUCAAACAUACGGAGGAAUUCGUCUCGAAUUAGCAGGAAAUCCAAUACAAUUGGACCCGGGAGAAGUUGUCGAUGAAUCGUGA